AUGGGUAAGUGUUCUCAAUGCAACAAAAUUGUUACCAAAAAGUCCCCAGGGAUCCAGUGUGGCAAAUGCAGCAAGUGGACACAUGGGCAAUGUACUGCAAUCUCAGAAGAGCAACUUAACGUAUUAAAUAGUACCGACUCUGUUGAUUGGAAAUGCCGUACGUGCACGGGUACAGCGAAACCGAAAAGAAUUUCAUGUAUUAUUCCUGACGCGGAAGAAGACACAGGUUCCAGCUCAGAACUGCAAUACAACACCCUAACGAGAAAAAUAAUCAGCGACAUAAGGAGAGAAUUACGAGAAAUUAUGCAACAAGAACUUCAAACUACCUUACAAUUUUUCUCCGAAAAAAUGGAUGAAUAUCAAGAGAAAAUUAAAGAAUACGAAAUAAACUUGAAAUUAACUGACAACCAAAUAAAAGACAUAAAAAACAACUUAAAAAACGUGUCACUAAAAAAUGACGCCAUUGAACAAAAAAUUAACUCGUUACAACAGAACCUCAUUAUUAAUAACAUCGAGAUAUGUGGUAUUGCUGAAGAGGCAGCGGAGAAUCUAUUAGAUUUAACAAAAAGAAUUGCUAUAAAAAUAAACCAAAACCUACAAGAUAUAAUUAAAGCAUUCAGAAAAAAAACAGCACGCUCGAACAACAGCAAUAACUCGCAGUCUGUAGUGAUUUUAUCGUUGAGAGAUAGGUGCAAAGAGAUGUGGUUGGAAUCUUCAAAAAAUAUAGAUAUCAGCUGCCGAGACAUAGGACUUUCGCAAGGAAGCAAGAUUUACUUCAGGGAAUCUCUGACACCUGCAACUGCUUAUUUGCUGUGGAAAUCAAAAACAGAACUAAAAAGAAAUAAUCCCUGCAAGUUCGUGUGGUGUAAGAAUGGUGUGAUAUUGGCAAGAAAACAUGAAACAGAUAAAAUACACCACAUUCGAUCUAGCAAUGAUGUAGAAAGAUUGGUGAAAUCAUUUAACACAAAAUGA